AUGAGCCAUUUUGUGACUCUCCGUGUUUUCGAUGUCAGACUUCAGCCAACAGAAAUGGAGACCCUGGAUCUGUUGAGGAACUGUUUGGUGUGCAAAUGGGACCUGCGGAAGAGAGACCCCAGAAUGCUUCCUUGCCUUCAUAGUCUUCCGGAUUUGAUUCAAGGAUAUAGCUGUAUUCCCACUGAGUAUGAAGUUCUGUAUGAAGCUAUCCUUUCCUGCCCUGUGUGCAGACAGACCUGCUUUGCAAGGGAUGUAGUUGAAAAUUUCUUUCUCAAGGACUUCUCCACUGGUGAUUCAGCUAUGGCAAAGAGCUGCUCGUCAUGUGAAGAGAAGAGACCUGCUCACAGUCUCUGCACAAUCUGCAAUAAGUGGUUGUGCAGCUCAUGUGCAGAGGAUCACAGACAUGGCAAGGAAACUGGUGAUCGCUUCCUGUCUGUAUCCCUGAAGGGCUGCACAGCAACUGAAGAUGAAGCAAGUGAGUUUUCCUUAUUUUGUCCAGUGCAUGCUCAAGAGCCACUCAAGCUGUUUUGUGAGACCUGUGAUACCCUUAUGUGCCACAGCUGCCUUCUGACAGAGCAUAAGGAACACAGGUUCAGACAUCUUGGUGAAGCUUUGCAAAAUCAGAGAGUUAUCCUGGAAAAUGUCAUAACUAAAGUGGAAGAAAAAAGAAAUGGGAUUCAGGUUUCAGCUAAACAGAUUGAAGACAGGUUGCUUGAAGUGAAACAUUUAUACAAAAAGGUAGAAAAUCAAAUAAAAAUGGCCAAGAUGGUUCUGAUGAAUGAAAUCAAUAAACGAACAAGCAUCCUUCUUGAACAACUUGAAAAAAUCACCAGUGAGAGGAAGCAGAAGUUGGAGCAACAACUGCAAGGUGUUGCGGUUUUAAGCAGACAGGUAGAACAUGUGCAGAACUUCAUCAGCUGGGCAGUAUGCAGUAAAAACAGCAUCCCAUUCCUCUUCAGUAAAGACCUGAUUGUAUUUCAGAUCCAGCACUUGUUAGAGACAAACUGUAACACAGACAUAGGCCCUCCUCUGAAGAUCAGAUUUACUUGGGACCCCUCCUACUGGACUAAACAACUGUCCAACUUGGGAGGUUUCACUAUGGAAGGUGGGCACAUUUCUCAGUCAGAUGUGCUACUCUGUGGAAAUGUGCAAGGAUUACAGACCUCCUUGUCUCACGGGCACCGCUCAGCAGCAUCACAGCUGGAUCCUGGGAAAAGCCAGCUGCAUCAGUUUCCACCUGCAGUUCAGUGUACUAUGCCUGCAUGUUGCUCGCACUGCCUCAGCUUACCUCACCCAAACAAAGCUCAGCCUUCUUACCAAAACACCAACCGCCAUCAAAAUUUUCGACAACAUCCUGAACCGCAUCAGCAGCACUUUUCUCUGCAGUACAGCAUGCAGCAACUUGACAAAGAGCAAAGGGGUGGCCCCCAGCCUAUGAAGCUGACACAGUCUGUGCUGGAACAGCAGUCAUGGUCAGAGCCAGAGAAUGUGUCUGGGAGGAUGGGAAAGCACUUACCAUCCCAGCAGCUGCAGCAGGCUGCACCCCUGGAUUAUGCUGUUGUAUCGCAUGAGGCUCAGCAAGUUCACAUGAGCCAUCCACAGCCAAUCCGCACACAGGCUUCUUUGCAGGCAUCAGCUGUACAAGUGCAACUUGGUCAUCUCCAGAAGGUAAAAUCUAACCACUUGCAGCAGCCACCACAGCAGCAGCAGCUGCCGCCAGCAUUGCCACCAUCAGGUCAGAAUGAGAACACCCACAAACAAGUCAUCCAGCAGAGCCUGGACAUAAUGCACCACCAGUUUGAACUCGAGGAGAUGAAAAAGGACCUGGAGCUUCUUCUGCAGGCCCAAGGACAGUCCAGCUUGCAGAUGAACCAAGCCAAGCCACCUCAGCAUGUUCAACAGACCAUAGUUGGUCAAAUCAACUACAUAGUCAGGCAGCCAGCCCCAGUUCAGCAAGACGUCCAAGAUGAAGAACAAGUCUGUGAGAAUUCCACUGAACUUGGUGCCCAGAAGCCUGUAAUUCCUCUUGACAAAGGUGACAGUCCCUUCCUGCCACGGUCUCUAGAUGAAGAAGCAAGCAUCAGCAGUCGCUCCCCUGAGAGCACAUUGCAACAACCAGCUUUCCAUCCAUUGAGAAAG